CACUCGGUACUUUUUUUAUUUUUUUCAGCCAUAUCGUAAUUUUAUUGUUGGAAAAUAAAUUUUUUUUAUAAAAUAUCAAUUUGUUAACCAAAGAUGAGUGAUACUCUGGGAAAUGUUACUGAAGGAGGCGAGCCAUCGAAAAAGGCUUUGAAGAAGCAGCAAAAAGAAGCUGAAAAAGCUGCCAAAAAAGCUGAACGUCAAUCUCAAAUGCCGCAUGAAGAAACAAACGGUACUGAAGAUGUAUCUGUUGGGUUGUACGGCAACAUGGGAAUAAUUAAAAGCUCCGAUUAUCAUCUGGACAGAAAAUUUGUUAAUGUAAAAGAUUUGAAUUUGAAAUUAACUGAUGAAUCUGUUUGGAUUCGCGGUCGUUUGCACACAAGUCGUGCUAAAGGUAAACAAUGUUUUAUUGUUAUCAGACAACAAUCUUAUACCGUACAAGGUUUAGCGACAGUCAAUGACAAUACCAGUAAGCAGAUGAUUAAAUUUAUAUCUGCAAUUACAAGGGAAUCAAUAAUUGAUGUGGAAGCGAUUAUAAAAACAGUACCGACUAAAAUAGAAUCAUGUACACAAAAGGAUGUUGAAUGUCUGAUCAAAAAAAUAUUUGUUGUAAGUGCAGCAAAACCUCAGCUGCCUAUUUUAGUUGAAGAUGCCGGACGAGCAGAAAAUGUUGAAAGUGGAUCAACGAUAACUGUUAAUCAAGACAAACGUCUAGACAAUCGUGUAUUGGAUCUUCGUACUCCAGCAAAUCAAGCGAUUUUUCGUAUUGAAGCUGCUGUUACUAAAUUAUUCCGUGAUAUUCUUACAGAAAAAGGAUUUGUUGAGAUUCAUACUCCUAAAAUAAUAUCAGCAGCCAGUGAGGGCGGUGCUAAUGUAUUUACUGUUUCUUAUUUUAAAGGAUCUGCUUAUUUAGCACAAUCACCACAAUUAUAUAAACAAAUGGCUGUUGCUUCAGACUUUGAUAAAGUAUUUACCGUUGGUGCAGUUUUCAGAGCUGAAGACUCAAAUACUCAUCGUCAUUUGACGGAAUUUGUUGGUCUUGAUCUUGAAAUGGCAUUUAAAUAUCAUUACCAUGAAGUACUUGAUACGAUUGGUAACAUGUUUACGGAAUUGUUUCGCAGACUGCGUGAUAAUUAUGCUGAUGAAAUAGCAACUGUUAAUCAACAGUUUAAAGUUGAACCAUUUAAAUUUUUGGAUCCGCCUUUAAAACUUGAAUUCCCUCAGGCUAUUGAAUUAUUAGCAGAAGCUGGAGUUACUUUGGGCGAAGAAGAUGAUCUUUCUACUCCAGAUGAAAAGUUGCUGGGGAAAUUAGUAAAAGCUAAAUAUGACACUGACUUUUAUAUGCUUGACAAAUAUCCAUUGGCUGUUCGUCCCUUCUAUACGAUGCCAGAUCCUAAUAAUCCAAAAGCUUCGAAUUCUUACGACAUGUUUAUGAGAGGUGAGGAAAUAAUUUCUGGUGCUCAGAGGAUUCAUGAUCCGGAAUUUUUAACUGAACGUGCUAAGCAUCAUGGAAUUGAUAUCGAUAAAAUAAAAUCAUACGUCGACGCAUUCAGAUACGGAUGUCAACCCCAUGCAGGUGGUGGAAUUGGACUGGAACGUGUUGUGAUGCUUUAUCUGGGAUUAGACAAUAUCAGAAAGACAUCUAUGUUCCCACGUGACCCUAAACGUCUGACUCCUUAAAUAUAAAUAUCAUUUAUAUUUUGAUAUUUUAUAAUUAACAAUUCAAUCAUUUUUGAUUCUAAUAAAUAAUAAAAAAAAAAUA